GCAGCCUUGUGGAUGGCCCCGAAGUAAGCCUGAUGGAACAGGAUAGAACCAACCAUGUUGAAGGCAACAGACUAAGUCCAUUCCUGAUACCAUCUCCUUCUCCCGUUUGCCAGACAGAACCUCUGGCUCUAAAGCUCCAGAAUGGAAGCCCAUUAACUGAGAGACCUCAUCCAGAAGUAAAUGGAGACACCAAGUGGCAGUGUUUCAAAAGUUGUUAUGGAAUACCCCAUAUGAAGGGAAGCCAGCUUAGCCGUGUGAGUCCCGACUUUAUACAAGAUGGUAGAGGGUAUUCCAAGUGUCUGCAAAAUGGAGGAAUAAAACGCACAGUGAGUGAACCUUCUCUCUCUGGGCUCCAUCAGGACAAGAAAUUGAAACAAGACCAAAAAGCUAAUGGAGAAAGAAAGAACUUCGGGGAAAGACAAGAAAGAAAUCCAGAUGAAAGCAGCAGUCAACCAAAUGUCUCCGCUUUGAGUGAUAAGAGAGAAUCUGUGAGCACUGUAGCCCAAGAAAAUGCAGUUAAAAAUUUCACCAAUUUUUCAACACACAACUGCAGUGGGUUUGAAAAUCUAGAGCUUCAGAUUCCGAAUGAGCAGGAGGGGAAAAUUGCUAACUACCACGACAAGAACAUUGUAUUACUUCUUAAAAAUAAGGCAGCGCUAAUGCCUAAUGGUGCUAUAGUUUCUGCCUCUUCCAUGGAAAACACACAUGGUGAACUCCUGGAAAAAACACUGUCUCAAUAUUAUCCAGAUUGUGUUUCCAUUGCGGUGCAGAAAACCACAUCUCAAGUAAAUGCCAUUAACAGUCAGGCUACUAAUAAGUUGUCCUGUGAGAUCACUCACGCAUCACAUACCUCAGGGCAGAUCAAUUCCACUCAGACCUCAAGCUCCGAGCUGCCUCCAGAGCCAGCUGCAGUGGUGACUGAGGCCUGUGACGUUGAUAAUGCCAGUAAACCAGCUGCAAUGCUAGGGACCUGUUCCUUUCAGAAACCAGAACAACUACAACAACAAGCAUCAGUUUUUGAGAUAUGCUCAUCUCCUGUAGAAAACAGUAACAUCCAAGGAACCACAAAGCUAGUAUCUGGUGAAGAAUUUUGUUCAGGUUCCAGCAGCAAUUUGCAAGCUCUUGAUGGCAGCUCUGAACGGUAUUUAAAACAAAACGAAAUGAAUGGUGCUUACUUCAAGCAAAACUCAGUGUUCACUAAGGAUUCCUUUUCUGCCACUACCACACCACCACCAUCACGAUUGCUUCUUUCUCCCCUUCCUCCUCUUCCACAGGUUCCUCAGCUUCCUUCAGAAGGAAAAAGCACUCUGAAUGAUGGAGGUUUGGAAGAAAAGCAUCACUACUCCAACCAAAGUCACACAGCUCUUUUAAGGGAAGUGGAAGUAGAGGGUCAGCCUGAAGCAUCACCAUCCCCGAAUCCUAAUCCACGUAUAUUUGUAUCCAACCUUUCUCUGAUGCUUCCAGAAAGGCCUCAGAAUAAUUGUGUUAACAAGAAUGACGUACAGACUCCAGGGACAAUGGCUGUUCCAAGACCAAUAUCAGAACAUCUCAAGCAUAAUCCACCAGUUUUUGGUAGCAGUGGAGAUCUACAGGACCACUGCCGGCAGUUGAUGGGAGACAAAGAGCAGAAGAUUCUGAAGGGUAAAAACAAGGAACAAACACGAGAUGUUGUGCUCCCAACACAGCACUAUCUCAAACCAGGUUGGAUUGAAUUGAAAGCCCCUCAUUUUCAUCAGGCAGAAGCCCAUCCAAAAUGUAAUGAGAUGUCACUGCGAUCAGUUCUUCAGUAUCAGCCCAACCCCUCCAAUCAAAUGACCUCCAAACAAUACACUGGAAAUUCCAACGUGCCUGGGGGGAUCCCAAGGCAGGCUUACAUCCAGAGAACAAUGCAGCUGAGCAGAAGUCACAAAUGUACCGUUGAGAUGAAUCAAGGGCAGUCUCAAGGUACAAUGGACCAACAUCUCCAGUUCCUAAAACCCUCACACCAGGUGCACUUCAAGACAGACCCUUCACCAGAAGCUCAUGUACAGUCACUGUGUACCCCUAGAUUUCAUUUUCAACAAAAAGGAGAUCCUCAAACUGAGAAACUCAUGUCCCCAUUGUUAAAACAGCACUUGAAUCAACAGGCUUCAGAAACUGAGCCAUGUUCAAACUCACACCUUUUGCAACAUAAGCCUCAUAAACAGGCAGCACAAACACAACCAUCCCAGAAUUCACAUCUCCCUCAAAACCAGCAGCAGCAAAAAUUGCAAAUGAAGCAUAAAGAACAAAUGCCCCAAACUUUUACUCAUCCCCAUGGCAACAAUGGUCAGCAAACAGAAGGAUCAUUCUUUGGCCAGAUUAAAGUAGAAGAAUGCUUUCAUGUUGAAAAACAGUAUUCAAAAUCAAGUGGGUUCCAGACUCAUAAUACCCAAAUGGGGUUGGAGCAAGAACAGACUAUGAACAGUAAAAAUUCCCCUUAUGGUCAGAUCUUGAAAUCAAGUGCAAGCAAAGUACACAUUUCUUGUUCAAACAAUACACACCUAGUUCCAGAGAAUAAAGAACAGACUGUACAUUCUGAACUCUUUGCAAGAAACAAGACCCAAAACUUGCAAUAUUUUCCAAAUAAUGUGACCCAAAAACAAGAAGUUCUUCAUAGAAACAAGACCCAAAACUUGCAAUAUUUUCCAAAUAAUGUGACCCAAAAACAAGAUGUUCUUCAUAGGUGCUUUCAAGAACAAGAGCAGAAGCCUCAACAAGCUUCAGUUCUACAGGGAUAUAAAAGUAGAAACCAAGAUAUGUCUAGUCAACAAGCCACACAACUCGCUCAGCAAAGGUACUUGACGCACAACCAAGCAAAUGCUUUCUCUGCGCCUGACCAGGGAGGAAGUCACAUUCAGACUCCUCCCCAGAAGGACCUUCAAAAGCAUGCUGCUCUAAGGUGGCAUCUCUUACAGAAGCAAGAACAGCAAGCACAGCAACCCCAAAUUGACUCUUGCCAUAAUCAGAUGCACAGGCCAAUUAAGGUUGAACCUGGAUCCAAGCUGCAUGCCUGUAUGCGCCCCAUGUCAGCACAGCCAGAAAACAAAACAUGGAAAAAGAUAACUAAGCAAGAGAUUCCACCUCCAAGCUGUGAUAAUGUGCAGCAGAGGAGCAUCAUUGAGACCAUGGAGCAGCAUCUGAAGCAGUUUCAGGUCAAAUCAUUGUUUGACCAUAAGGCUCUAACUCUCAAAUCACAGAAGCAAGUAAAAGUUGAAAUGUCAGGGCCAGUCACAGUUUUAACUAGACAAACCACUGCUGCAGAACUUGAUAGCCACACCCCAGCUUUAGAGCAGCAAGCAACUUCUUCAGAAAAGACACCAACCAAAAGAACAGCUGGUUCUGUUCUCAAUACUUUUUUAGAGUCACCUUCAAAAUUACUAGAUACGCCUAUAAAAAAUUUAUUGGAUACACCUGUCAAGACUCAGUAUGAUUUCCCAUCAUGCAGAUGUGUAGAGCAAAUUAUUGAAAAAGAUGAAGGUCCUUUUUAUACCCAUCUAGGAGCAGGUCCUAAUGUGGCAGCUAUUAGAGAAAUCAUGGAAGAAAGGUUUGGACAGAAGGGUAAAGCUAUUAGGAUUGAAAGAGUCAUCUAUACUGGUAAAGAAGGCAAAAGUUCUCAGGGAUGUCCUAUUGCUAAAUGGGUGAUUCGCAGACGCUGCAGUGAGGAGAAGCUACUGUGUUUGGUGCGGGAGCGAGCUGGGCACACCUGUGAGGCAGCAGUGAUUGUGAUUCUCAUCCUUGUGUGGGAAGGAAUCCCGCUGCCUCUGGCUGACCAACUCUACUCAGAGCUCACCGAGACGCUGAGGAAAUACGGCACGCUCACCAAUCGUCGGUGUGCCCUGAAUGAAGAGAGAACCUGUGCCUGUCAGGGGCUGGAUCCAGAGACCUGUGGUGCCUCCUUUUCUUUUGGCUGUUCAUGGAGCAUGUACUACAAUGGAUGUAAGUUUGCCAGAAGCAAGAUCCCAAGGAAAUUUAAGCUACUUGGGGAUGACCCAAAAGAGGAAGAGAAACUGGAGUCUCAUUUGCAAAACCUGUCCACUCUUCUGGCACCAAUAUAUAAAAAACUUGCACCUGAUGCAUAUAAUAAUCAGAUUGAAUAUGAACACAGAGCACCAGAGUGUCGGCUGGGUCUAAAGGAAGGCCGUCCAUUCUCAGGGGUCACCGCAUGUCUGGACUUCUGUGCACAUGCCCAUAGAGACUUGCACAACAUGCAGAAUGGCAGCACAUUGGUAUGUACCCUCACUAGAGAAGACAAUCGAGAAAUUGGAGGAAAUCCUGAGGAUGAGCAGCUCCAUGUUCUGCCUUUAUACAAAAUCUCUGAUGUGGAUGAGUGUGGGAGUAUAGAAGCUCAGGAGGAGAAAAAACGAAAUGGUGCCAUUCAAGUACUGAGUUCUUUUCGGCGGAAAGUCAGGAUGUUAGCAGAGCCAGUCAAGACUUGCCGACAAAGGAAACUAGAAGCCAAGAAAGCUGCAGCUGAAAAGCUUUCCUCUCUGGAGAACAGCUCAAAUAAGAACGAAAAGGAAAAGUCAGCCUCAUUGCGUACAAAACAGAGUGAAAAUGCAAGUCAGGCUAAACAGUUGGCAGAACUUUUACGACUUUCAGGACCAGUCAUUCAGCAGCCCCAGCAGCCCCAGACACAGCAACUGCAGAAACAGCAGGCCCAGCAACAGCCGCAGCAGGCCCAGCAACAGCCACAGCAGGCCCAGCAACAGCAGCCACACCCCUUGACUAAUAACCCUCAGUCAGAGUCUAUCAACUCUUACUCUUCUUCUGGAUCCACCAGUCUGUACAUGAGACGGCCCAAUCCAGUUAGUCCUUAUCCAAGCUCUUCACACCCUUCAGAUGUUUAUGGAGGUGCCAACCCUAUGAACCUGUAUUCCACCUCAUCCCAAGCUGCAGGUUCGUAUUUGAAUUCUUCUAAUCCCAUGAACCCCUACCCUGGGCUUCUGAGUCAAAAUAAUCAAUAUCCAUCAUAUCAAUGCAAUGGAAACCUAUCAGUAGACAACUGCUCCCCAUAUCUGGGUUCCUAUUCUCCCCAGUCUCAGGCCAUGGAUCUAUAUCGGUAUCCAAGCCAAGACCCUCUCUCUAAGCUAAAUCUACCACCCAUCCAUACACUUUAUCAGCCAAGGUUUGGAAAUAGCCAGAGUUUUACUUCUAAGUACUUAGGUUAUGGAAACCAAAAUGUGCAGGGAGAUGCCUUCAGCAGUUGUACCAUUAGACCAAAUGUACACCAUGUAGGGACAUUUUCUCCUUAUUCCACUCAUGACAUAGAAGGCCACUUCAUGGGAGCCACCUCUAGAUUACCACCCAACUUGAGCAGUCCAAACAUAGACUAUAAAAAUGGUGAGCAUCAUGCAUCUUCUCACACAAUUCAUAACUACAGUGCAGCUCCGGGCAUGUUCAACAGCUCUCUUCAUGCCCUGCAUCUCCAAAGCAAGGACGACGUGCUUUCCCACGCAACUAAUGGGUUAUCUAAGAUGCUUCCAGGUCUUAACCAUGAUAGAAGCACUUCUGUCCAAGGCAGCUUACAUAAAUUAAGUGAUGCCAACAGUCAGGAAAAGCAGCCUUUGGCACCAGUUCAGGGUGUGGCUUCUGCUGCAGAGGAGAACGAUGAGGUCUGGUCAGACAGUGAGCAGAACUUUCUGGAUCCUGACAUCGGGGGAGUGGCUGUGGCUCCAACUCAUGGGUCAAUUCUCAUUGAGUGUGCAAAGCGCGAGCUUCAUGCCACAACCCCUUUAAAGAUUCCCGAUCGGAAUCACCCCACCAGGAUCUCGCUUGUCUUUUACCAGCAUAAGAGCAUGAAUGAGCCGAAACAUGGCUUGGCUCUCUGGGAAGCCAAAAUGGCUGAAAAAGCCCGUGAGAAAGAGGAAGAGUGUGAAAAAUAUGGUCCAGACUAUGUGCCUCAGAAAACCCAUGGCAAAAAAGUGAAACGGGAGCCCAAUGAGCUGCACGAACCUUCAGAGCCCACUUACCUGCGCUUCAUCAGAUCCCUUGCCGACAGGACCAUAUCCAUGACCACAGACUCCACAGUAAUGACAUCUCCAUAUGCCUUCACGCGUGUCACAGGGCCUUACAACAGAUAUAUAUGAUGUCGCCCCUUUUGUUGGUUACCUCAUUUGAAAAGACCAGAACCAACCUGUCAGUAGUGUAUAGUUGGCAUGAUGUUGGCAAUGGGGAAAGGUCACAGUAUUCAUGACAAAUGUUGUGGGAAAAUCCUCAGCUCACCAGCAAAAAAAAGAGGUAAUCUUACCCUAGCACUUAAUUUCCACUGACUCCCAAGUGGUCACAGAUGGCAUCUAGGAAAAAGACCAAAGCAUUCUAUGCAAAAAGAAGGAGGGGGAAAAAGGUGGGGAAGAAAGGUCUGCAAUUUACAUUUUUAAACACUGGUUCUGUUAUUGGAUGAGAUAUGUAAAUGUGAUUUUUCCCCGUACGACUCUACACAUCUGUGACCACUUUUAAGGAUAUCAAGUUUGCAUAGUCAUGGAACACAAAUCAAACAAGUACUGUAGUAUUACAGUGACAGGAAUCUUAAAAUACCAUCUGGUGCUGAAUAUAUGAUGUACUGAAAUACUGGAAUUAUGGCUUUUCAACAUGCAGUUUUUACUGUAAUCGUAAUAUUAACUUUUAUUUAUCAAAAUAGCUAUAGGAAGCAUAAAUGAAUAGCAGCAAAACACUGAAUUUGUUUGGAUGUUCUAAGAAAUGGUGCUAAGAAAAUGGUGUCUUUAAUAGUUUAAAAUUUAAUGCCUUUAUAUUAUCAAGAUGCUAUCAGUGUACUCCAAUGCCCUUGAAUAAUAGGGGUACAUUUUCAUUCAACUUUUUGUCAUAAUUACCUGUUCUUGCAAGUUUAGUUUUUAAAAUGUGGAAGUUUUAAAGGCCUCUGGAUUUUGCUCAUCCAGUGAAGUCCUUGUAGGACAAUAAACGUAUAUAUGUACAUAUAUACACACAUAUGUAUAUGUGCACACACAUGUACAUGUAUAAAUAUUUUAAAUGGUGUUUUAGAAGCACUUUGUCUACCUAAGCUUUGACAACUUGAACAAUGCUAAGGUACUGAGACAUUUAAAAAAAAAGUUUACUUUGAUUUUAGAAUGCAAAGUUUUUUUUUAAGGAAACAAGGAAAACUUUUAAAAUAUUUUUGCUUUUAGCCAUGCAUCUGCUGAUGAGCAAUGUGUCCAUUUUUAACACAGCCAGUUAAAUCCAAAACAGGGCUUACUGGAUUCAAGGGAAUAUGUUAGUCCACAAAACAUGUUUUCUGGUGCUCAUCUCACAUGCUAUACUGUAAAACAGUUUUAUAUAAAAUUGUAUGACAAGUUCAUUGCUCAAAUAUGUACAGUUGUAAGAAUUUUUUAUUAACUGCAGGUAAUAAUUAGCCGCAUGCUACAAGACUCAACAAAGCUAGUUCAUUUAAGCCUAUGCUUUUUUAUAGACCUGUAUGCUCUUCAGAGAACUGAAUGGCAGUCUGCCUUUGUGUUGAUAAUUAUGUACAUUGUGAUGUUGUCAUUUCUUAGCUUAAGUGUCCUCUUACCAGGAAGAUUGAGCAGACUAAAGCCUGCAUAAGAUGAAUAAACAGGGUUUGUUCCAUGUGAAUCUGUUGGCUAAAAAGAAACAAAACAGGCAGCUGGUUUGCUGUGGUGGUUUUAAAUCGUUAAUUUGUAUAAAGAAGUGAAAGAGUUGUAUAGUAAAUUAAAUUGUAAACAAAACUUUUUUUAACGUAAUGCUUUAGUAUUUUAGUACUGUAAAAAAUUUUAAAUAUAUACAAAUAUAUAGAUAUAUAUGUGGGUUUGAAGCAGAAUUCACAUCAUGAUGGUGCUACUCAGCCUGCUACAAAUAUAUCAUAAUGUGAGCUAAGAAUUGAUUAAAGGUUUGAGUGAUGUUCCUACUUGUCAUAUACCUCAACACUAGUUUGGCAAUAGGAUAUUGAACUGAGAGUGAAAGCUUAUAGCAUUGUGUACCAUCAUUUUUUUCCAAGUCUUUUUUUUAUUAUUAGAAAGCAUACCUUUUUUCAAUACUUGAUUUUCUGAGCAAGUAUAACUUGAACUUCAACCUUUUUGUUCUAAAAAUAAAUUCAGGGAUAUUUCAGCUCAUGUUCUCCUUAUGCCAACAUGUCACCUGUGUGUUUAUGUAAAAUGUUGUAGGUUUAAUAAAUAUAUUUUUCAGGGAUUUAACCAUUUUGAAUCCCUCCUAUUUUACUUGUAUAUGUACUGGUGUAACUAAAACUAAUUUUGUAAAUCUGUUGGCUCUAUUGUAAAGAAAAGCAUUUUAAAAGUUUGAGGAAUCUUAACUAUUUCAAGCAGAAAAAAAUAGAUGAAAAUAGAAUGCACUGAGCUGAUAAAGGGAAAAUUGUAAAGCAGGAGUUUGGCAAGUGGCUGUUGGCCAGAGUCUUUUAACUCUAAAUAAAGCCUUUUUGAUCCUAUAAUCAAUACAGGUACUCCAUGAAGACAAAUUUAAAUAGGCAAAGUAUCUAGAAGUAUUGUGUGCAAUAGACUGUACAAUUACAUUUCGGUCUAAAUAUAUUUUUGCUUACUAAUAUUUUACAUAAAUUCUUAAUCAAAGGAGGCCUUUGAGUUUUAUAAGCCAAAUCUUUAUGACUUUUGUCUUUUAAAAAAAUUGAGUUUUUGGCUAUGUCUAAUUAUAAACAUUUCAAAAAUGUUUGCUUUGCAUACAAACAUGAUUUUAAUGUUUUACAUAUACCAUAAUAUUUAACCCAAAAUAUUUGGUUACUACAUGUGCAUUUGGUGAUUUUGAGUCAGCCAUCCUUAAUGAAUUUUUGGCUUGCACAUCAUUCACUGCCAUUUGUCAAACUGCUGGCCAACAAGAGCAGGAAGUGUAGUUUGGGUAGGGAGGAGAAGUUGAGUGGCAUAUUGUAAAUAUCCGAUCUAUAAUUGUAAAUAUCAAACCUGCCUCAGUAAGAGUGAAUGAAAAGCAGAUCUACAAUUUGCUUAUAUAGGAAUAUCAGGUUGACUAUAUAGCCAUACUUGAAAAUGCUUCUGAAUGGUGUCAACUUUACUUGAAUGAAAUUUUCAUCUUGACUGACGCACAGUGAUGUACAAUUCACUUCUGAAGCUAGUGGUUAACUUGUAUAGGAAGCUUUUGCAAUCUGACACUAAGAUUAUGAAUUUCUGUGUGCAUUUUUCUAUGCUUUUUUUUUUAACUUAGUUUCAUUUCAUUUUCAUGAGAUGUUUGGUUUGUUUAUAAAAUCUGAGGAUGUUUAUAAAUACUGUAAGUAUUGUAAUGUUAUGAAUGCAGGUUAUUUGAAAGCUGUUUAUUAUUAUAUCAUUCCUGAUAAUGCUAUGUGAGUGUUUUUAAUAAAAUUUAUAUUUAUUUAAUGCACUCUUAA